AUGAAACGUUCCCUUGGCGAUAUUCUCUUGGCAGAUACGGAGAUUGUUGAGGAGGAGUCCGAUGUUGAAUUGUCAGAUGCCGAGCCCGUUGAGGAGGCCGUAGACUCUUCCUUUUGCGCUGAAUGCCAAGAUCAGCCGGCAGUUGUCGAGUGUCAAAACUGUGACGAGAACUUCUGUGAUGUUUGUGGGAAAUUUCUGCACCGUACCGGCAAGCGGAAAGCUCACGAGUUCCGUCCGUUGAAGGCGGAAGAGACCGCCAAUGGCCAUUCACUGGUCGCCGAGCCCAAGAAAGCAACAGAAGCUUCGGCAUCAAAAGAGACACAACUGGAGGACGACGAGGAUGACGUUAACUUGCCUGGCGUUCACUCCGUGGGUUCGUCCUCCACCUUCGGCGACUGGCUCACCUCCAGAGCAAAGCACAUCCCCCUUCGUCUUACCCACGAAGAGCGCAAGUACCUCCGACUACUUGAGGCUGCUCUCAGCGUUUCUGAGUACACCGACAAGGUUGACAUUCUUGCCAUGUACUCCUCCCGCGCAAAGCGUGUCGUCGCCCAGCUUAAGGACAUGUGCGCAACCCUCGCCGGUCUCGUCGUCGCCAGUGACAUGAAAGCAGGACAAGAGCUCUUUCAGGAUAAGGACUACGAAGAGAAUUCGGAAUUUUUCCAGACUAUCUUUGAGCUUGGGAGAAGGUACAAGAUUCAGAACCCGGACAAGAUGCGGAAUACAUACGGCAAGAUGAUGUACAUGGUUCAGGACUCGAUGAACCCUGAGGUGGAGGAGACACUCGGCUUUAACCUCUACAAACCUAUCGAGACGGUACACAGUUUUCUCGCAGAUCGCGACGCUCUUGAUCUAUUGAAGGAGGACAUCAUCGUCCAUGCUACAAGGGAGGUUGUACCUGAAGGCAAGAAGCGGACUCAAAUCCAAACCGAAAUCAAACAAAAAGAACGUGCGAUCGAGAUCCUAAGCAAGAAGCAUGCUAGCCCAAAGAUCAGCCGGGAGGAUAUCAGACAAUGCUUGUACGCUCUCGGAGACAACCACGCAUACCUCAGAGCUAACCGGGAUCCUUGCGAUAAGAUGAGAGCACUUCUACAGCAGUAUUUCAGCCCUGAGAAGCCUGAUUCCGAGUUCCACCUCUCCAUCCAAGCUGGUAGGGGAGGAGCUCGUCUCAGUCACUCGCACCAGAAGCAAUACUAUUACGUCAACCAGUCAUUGUCGCUAUGGUCCUCGAUCAUGCACGAGAUGUACAUGCUUUGGUCCCUCUCUGACAGUGAUCUACUCUCAUCACGGACACGGUAUAGAUUGACCGACACUGGUCAGGGUCUCAAUCGUGUUCAGGCUUGUCCGGGACUGUCGAGGGCGAUGCACUCCAUCUUGUCGAAGGCGCAGCAAAAGGCAGGAACCUGGAUUGGAAGUUCGGUUAUUCACCUCGGAGACCACAACGUACCGAACGCCCUUUUGUUCAUUGACAAAUACCUUCAGGUGCCACGAAUCUUGAACCCCAUCACGAUUGCCGUCGAGGAGUUGGAGAGGAUCGCGAGAGACCCGUUCAUUCAUGGAUAUAUCGAGGAGUCCUUUGGCGGUGUUGAGACAUUGAAGAAGACCAUCCUGUCUGACUUUUUCAAGCACGGAUUUGAUGGUUCUGGAGCUGACAACUUCUUCGAUGCUGGGUCGUGUAUCGACGGCAGAUUGACGUCUGCGUGGAAUUGGUGCAACACCAUCUCGAAGAAACCAUACUACAGGAUAUUAUUGAUGGCGGGAUUUGCUGGAUUCGAUGGAGAUGGCUUCUGAAGCGGGACUUGAUACACGUGUGCGUUGACAACAAGAGAAAGGACACCUUAUCAGCGGUAUAACUACACUAGACUCGGUAACAAUAUCUAUCUCUCUACAUCCAC